ACAUAUACCACUACCAUGCUUGAUGCGAAGUAUCCUCUCCCAAUUUUUAUAUCCCAUGUCCCUAGAUCACUCCAUAGACUCACCUUCGUUGCACAAUGCUCCUCAAGCUCAGCGGUCUCUUCCAGAGACUAAGCCUGAGACGAGCUCUCAGUCUCUCUUUCGACGACUUGGAAUCUUAGACCGCCUACUAACACCUGCCAUACUCGUGUGCAUGGUCAUCGGUGUAGUCAUCGGCGAGUUUGCGCCAGGAGUUCAACAGGCCUUCGACACUGCGCGCUUGCAGAGCGUCUCAAUUCCGAUUGUCAUUGGCCUCAUCGUCAUGAUGUGGCCAAUCCUGACCAAGGUUAAAUACGAAACAAUUGGAGCUGUCUUCCUCUCUCGACGAAUCUGGAUUCACAUAGCACUCAGUAUGUUGCUCAACUGGAUAGCUGGCCCACUCCUCAUGCUCGGCCUGGCAUGGGCCACGCUCCCCGAUCUUCCGACAUACCGCACAGGUGUGAUCCUCGUUGGCCUGGCGCGCUGCAUAGCAAUGGUAAUGAUAUGGAACCAGCUCGCACAAGGCAAUAGCGACUACUGCGCAAUCCUAGUUGUCAUCAACUCCGUGCUACAAAUUGUGCUUUAUUCUCCAUAUGCUGUGUUGUUUGUAGAUAUCAUUGGCGGAAAUAAGCAAAGUGGACUACAUCUCAACUACGGUGAUGUUGCGAUUUCAGUACUUAUCUAUCUCGGCAUCCCACUUGUCGCAGGAGUAUUUACGCGCUACUUUGUGUGGUUUAUUACCUCAAAGGAAUUUCUCGAGAAACGCUUCCUCCCGUACUUCUCCCCUUUUGCGCUUCUCGGAUUGCUUUAUACAAUCAUCGUCAUGUUUGCAUACCAGGGACACCACAUCAUCCAAAACAUAGGUCCCGUUUUUCGUGUCUUCGUCCCCAUGAUUCUGUACUUCAUCAUCAUGUGGUCAACUGCCUUCGGGCUGGUGUUCUGGCUCACGAGGAAAGAGGCUCGGGACAAUAAAUCCAAUGAAUCUGAAGAGAUCUUUGGUUAUGAAAUGGCAGUCGUGCAGGCAUUUACAGCCGGGAGUAAUAACUUUGAACUCGCCAUCGCAGUUGCUAUUGCGGUAUAUGGUGUUGGAUCGGAUCAAGCACUGGCAGCAACUAUCGGACCCCUCGUAGAAGUGCCCGUUCUCCUUGCACUUACUUGGGUUGCGCUCUUUUUGGAGCGACGCUUGAGCUGGAAGCCGAGUUUGGUUGUAAAUCCUGGAUAUGCGUCGAAAGAGAAGGUUUGAGGGUUCAGUAGGUCUUUGAAGGUCUAUUGGCGGACCUGAACGCACUACACUUGGGUGCAUCAGAUGUUAUCGUUCCAUUCUACUCCGAUCUCGGCGAGCCGAGUGAAGGGUAUACAACCGACAUCCUUUGCAAGUUUUCAUCUAGUCCCGGCCGACGAUUCCGGACUUGUGUACCUUUACUUGAUGGUCUUUGUCGUGUUGUAUAACCAUUUUUCUCAUAGUAACCUUAGCCUCAUGAAUACCCAUGUAGAUUGCUAGAGCCUCGCAUCAUUAUCGUCAAAUCGGUAUAAUUCCUGAGCUGUUAGUCGGUAGAGACUUGUGAUAGACAACCUGAAUGACAUUAACCAGGCACUCCU